UUAAGAUUAAGUGACAAAAACAUUGUGAUUGGGAUUUCUCAAUUUGUAUAUAAAAAUCUAAAUAAUACGCUAAUUUAACUGUUUCAUCAAAAACAGUAGUUUUAAUAUAUGAAAAACAUGCCGGUGGAAAUAAAUAGUUUAAUAGAGGGAUGGCUCGAAUUGGAAAGUGAUCCGGGACUGUUUACUCUUUUGUUGGAGGACUUCGGUGUAAAAGGGGUUCAGGUAGAAGAGAUUUAUGACCUGCAUAAACCCUUAGAAAGUCCAGUUUACGGGUUUAUCUUUUUAUUUCGAUGGAUUGAAGAGAGACGUUCACGUAGGAAAUUCGUUGAACAGAUUGAAAGUUUCGUGCGCGAUGAAGAAACUAUAAACAGUAUAUUUUUUGCACAACAAAUGGUCCCGAACAGCUGUGCCACUCACGCGUUGUUGUCUAUAUUGUUGAAUUAUCCUAAUCUCCAUUUAGGCGAAACAUUGAGCAGGUUAAAGCACCAUACUCUGGGAAUGAAUCCUGAGAACAAAGGCUGGGCGAUAGGAAACACACCAGAGCUGGCUUGUGCUCACAACUCCCAUGCCAUCCCACAAGCUAGGAAGAAGGCUGAUAAGAAUGCUGGCGUCUCAACUGGACGCUUCACAGGUGAAGCAUAUCAUUUCGUAUGUUUUGUACCCAUUAAUGGACAUUUGUUUGAACUGGAUGGCCUGAAACCAUAUCCUACUGACCAUGGACCAUGGGCCGCUGAUGAAGACUGGACUGAUAAGUUUAGGAGAGUAAUGGCUGAGAGACUCGGUAGAGAUGCUGGAGAACAAGUUCAUGAUAUAAGAUUUAACUUAAUGGCUGUUGUACCUGAUAGACGCAUAGCAUUGACGCAAAAAUUAAAUGCACUAGAAAUGAACCAGAAAAGAGUUAAAGAAGCAAUUUCAAAGAUUGGUAAACAUCUGCGACAUUUGUUGUCAAAGCGCAGAGAGAUUACUGAGGAAGGAGAAUCAUUGUCAGAAGAAAGUAACGAAAACUCCCUAAAUGAGAAUAUAGUGCAGAUAAGUGAGGAGACGAUACUGACUGCUUUAGAAUCAUCUCAGUUGCAGUUGUAUGAUGUAGACUACACUCGUCCCAUCACUAUUGAGAUCGGGGCCAAUGAUCGGCCACAACAAGACAGCAGUAUUAUUCUAGUUGAUCCAGUAGAACAGGGUGCAGUUGUUAAGUUUAUCUCAAUCAACAGGGAUAAUCAAAUUGUUGGAGAUUUAUACCCCACAUCCAUAACAGCCCUAGUAAAAAGCAAUGAUGCACCGGUACUAGUCUGUUGUGAGACAGAGCCUGAUCAGCCAAUCAAACUCAGGAAGCUAUUAUUGACUCAUUCGGAGCUGAACGCUUUAAUGAGCAGCAUUGUGAAUGAGGUACAGCAAUGUCAGCAGGCACUCAAUGAUGAGAAUGAUAAAAGAGAUAUGUAUAAGGUGGACGACUGUCGUCGCACGCACAACUACGACGAGUUUAUCUGCACAUUCCUAUCAAUGUUGGCGGAACGUGGCGCUCUUGGCGAGCUAGUAGCGGCGCAGUUGGAGCGAGGACGGUCUUCGCGAGCUCGCCGUCGACGUCCUAGGCCGAGACCCCGAGCUAGACCACGACCUAGGCCACGAGCUAGGAAAUAAAACGAAAUUUCAAUACAAACCUGUUUUAGUGCAGCUAUAAGCUUUAAAACUAUCUACACGAAAGUCCUGCUUUACUAGCUACCGUUGUUUCGACGAUUUUGGAUUCUCAGGCUGUUGCCUAAAUAUAACUGUUGAGCAGUACUUUGCGCUAUUUGCUUAGCGCUUUUGGCUAAACCUAUACUCGUUUAUGAAGUAAACAGUAGGUUAGAGAUUGUAUUCUCAUAAAACAUGUAAAUAGACAAAAAAUAAUAAAAUAACUUGGUGUGUAAUACUCAAAAGUGAUUCCGUAUAAAUCGUAUCUUGAGUGGAUAAAACUAUUUCAUAAAUGUAUAGGGCUAACAAGCAGCAUAUUGAAUAAAUAACUCCAAUGUCUACAAAUAUGUUAUGUAGACUUGUUAAGUACUAUUCAUAAGUACAAUCGUUUACAAUAUGGUAUUUAUUUACAGCUUACCAUACCUGCCCUCUUGUCAAAGUAGCUAGACUACUUGUAUCACUUGUAUCAAAUGUGUCAUUAUAAUCUU